AUGAUCUGCAGAAACCUGGUAGGGUCAGAGGAGUUCUCUGAGGAGGAGCUGGAGCUGUGCAUGCUGGGUCAGGGGGAGGAUAACGAAGGGAGCGACGGAAACCCCAAGGACAGUGAGGGCUCAGCCAGCAGCCCACCCAGCGACGAUCCUGAGGAGGUCCAGGCCAAGAAGCGCAGCCGCCCAGUCCGCUCCAAGGCCCGCCGUGUGGCUGCCAACGUCCGUGAGCGCAAACGCAUCCUGGACUACAACCAGGCCUUCAAUGCUUUACGUGUGGCUCUCAACCACGACCUUAGCGGCAAGAGGCUCUCCAAGAUUUCCACCCUGCAGAGGGCCAUCAACCGCAUCUCAGCCCUGUCUGUCUUCCUCAGCGCCAACCCCCCCAGUAAGCCCUGCUCCCACCGGGAGUGCCACAGGCCGGCUGGGGGGCCAUUGGCGGUGGGAAUGGUGAGGACGUCACGGCUGGACCCGCCCAGGGUGACAGUCGCUCCUCGCCAGGAGCCCCAAAGCUACAUCUCCUGGCACCAGGCAUCACUCCCCCACCAGAUAGAGCCCCAGCAGGGCACCCAUCCUCACAGGCUGCCAACAGAGACACACCUCUACAUGGACAGCAUGGUCUCCUCGUGUCCACCCUCACCACACUACCCUUGCUACUCCACCGAGGGCCAGUUGUACCCCUUACACGGACACUGUGGGAAAGGGAACCCCUUGGAGCAGUUGCCCAGCUCUAUCAGGUACACCCAGGUGGGCGAGGGGCUGGGGUACCAGACGGGGGUGUGGGCCUCCUGCGCUCAGGGCUACAUGGAUGCGUUUGUGGACCCGUCUCCAGCCUUGGGCCUCCCCUGGCAGGUGAGCUACCUCCAGGAGACAGCAAGCCCCCAGCACAACCUGUCCCUGCUCUGA